GGGUGACGUAAGAGUGCUGUUAAUUUGUCAACAAAACUUGGAAAAGACAGUCAAAGCAGCCAGGUGUACAAUUUAGAGAGAAAGGGGCCCAAAGAUAAAAAGGUUUUGUUGAAAACCUCAACCCCACCUUUGAUCCGGUUGUCCUGGCUGGAACAGCGCCUGUUCCUACACACUUUGCUCAGACGGUUCCGGGGGUCACAGAUCUCCACAUCGCAGUGGAGGUAGAGCUGCAAUCAUAACUCAAUUUGAACAUUUCUCUAUUGCAACAAAGAGGUCACUUAUAAUUAAUUGUCAGACAUGUUUUACAUCCAAGCAUUGCAUUCCCAGCUUCCCAUCACUCAAGGCAAAAAUUACCUGCUUCUUCAAGUUAUCCUGGUCUUCAGCAAAAGCAAACAUCUGGACCGCAAAGCGCUUGAUGUGGGAUGGAUACUGCACUCUGUCAUCUGUCCACACAGGGUGGAAGACCACACGUUGUGGAUCAACAGGGUUUGGACAGCUAGAAAGAAAAUGCUGGAUGAGCAAGCGGCAAAAGUAUCAAUACCCCCCCCCACAAUUUGUACCCAUUUAUGAUUAGAUUCCAUCUGGGCUGGGAUGCCCUGUCUUCAUCCACUGUGGCCCAGCAGUUCUCCAACUCUAGUGACACUUUAGGAUUCAUUGACCUCACGAGUUCCACUUCGAAAUACAACGGCUGCUGCAGGUACUUUGAUAUCGGGUAGUCUGAGUCACCAUAAAAUUCAUUGUAGGAGUCAUCUAAAAUGACAACAUGGACAAAAAGGGUGACAUCCAGAUCAUUUAUAUGUUUAGACUGCCCCAUAAUACAAAGUUAUCAUAUGCUACACACCUAUUGCAAGCCUUAGUGCCACUUGGAGCUCGCCUUUUCCAUUUUCUGCAUAUGGUUCAUUCCUGCGAGGCCUGGUAUGGAAGGUCAUGGCACGACUUGUAUUGACGUCAUAGUAGCAAGAAACCUUUAACCUUGAGGGUGGGGGAGGAAAAAAAAAUGGUUCAACUCCCAUUUCAUUGGCUUUCAGUGAGCUCAGCUUUUUUUUUUUUAACACUAUAAAAGUGAUUUGUCACAUUUAUGUUUAAAGAUACACCGACUUUUAUGACUCUGGUGUAAUUUUUAACGGUCACCUUGGCAAGCUGUAAUGUGUCGUGCAAGGUUACACUGAAGGUUGUCGUAAUUCAUUUUUAUUUGCAUUAGUAACCUAAAUAUAGCUUGAUAAAAGUCAACACUCACUCAUAUUCUGGCUCAUCGAGGGCGCCUCUUUUCAGAUCUGCAUCCGGUAGAGAGAUUUCAUUCUCAUACAGCAUCACAUUGGACAAAAACUAAAAAAAAAAUAAUAAAAAGGGGCGGAGCAGAGACAUUAGAUCCGAAUUGGGAAGGGGGGAGGUAUAGUCAGAUGUUACCUUUCUGGUGGUCCCACACGUGUUACCGGUGAAGACAAAAUAAGCAUAGCGGUCGUUGCUGUAGGCGGGAACACAUGCUGGGUCUCUGAGGGUCAGCUGACGGGGGUUCAGACUGGGAACAGACUCCAGUUUGACGGCGAGAGCAGUCAUGGUUCCAUUGGGUAAACAUUCUGAAAGAGCUGCAGUCAGUGUAUGCACAGUCUAGACUAAAAGUGCGAAUCGUUGGAACAAACCAAUCAGCGUGGCGGGGAAACUACAAGUCAGAGUGAAGGCUUGGAGAUUGUGGUUGGUUUCGGGAUUUUGCAACAUGACAUCAAGUCUGCCUUUGAUGAAUGACUCCUCGAUCUUUUUCACAGAUACAUCGAUAGCCUGCAAAGAAAUUCAACGUUAUGAAAAACCAAGCCAGAAAUAUUUUCAAGUUGUGUAAUGAUAUCCUUGCCAAUGUGCUUCCUGGUGGAAAUACAGACCUCAGCUGCUAAGCUAACAUAAGCCAACUACCUCAUAGGCAACAUCUUGGGAUGUGAAGGGCACCACGACACUGAAGUGGGUUCUGUUCUCUGUGAAGCCGUAUUCCUGAGCCACACUCUGCGUCAAAAGGCGCUUUCCCAAGGUCGUUCGGAAGGUGUGGCCUUGCAUUCCGGAUUGCACGAGAAUGUAGAAGUUCCGGGAGUCGCAGAUGCCACUGAUGGAAGGUUUGACUAGGUGGAAAUACAAUUUGAGCACGUUUGUGCAACAUGUCAAAGUGAAAUUCAAAUCGAAAACUGUAGUGGUGUUUCGCCUCAUAACUAGCUAGUCUGAGGGCCUGGCACAGGAUCCCAAGUAUUUCUCUUAAAGCAGCAGCAUGGCCAAACAGGUCAUACAAUGGAGUGAGUUAAUAUGCCACGAGUGUCAUUCCAUCCAUUUGUUGACUGGCAGAGACCCCGCUCUAUUGUAUUUUAGCAACUCAUUUUACUGAGUGAAGUUCUCCAUCCGCCCCCACCCCCAGACGAGAGCCAUCGUAUAGUUAUGAGCAUCAACUAAUUCCUGCAUUCUUGGGAAAAAAAACAAAGCCAUUCUAGGGUAUUAAAUUGAGCAAUGUAGUCAGUUUGACAUUUUGUACUUACCCGCAUCAACCAUUUUUGCUUUCAGAUUAGUAGAGUAAGAAAAUGGUGCAAACUCUGGCAGAACCACCAGACCAAGAGUCACUUUUAGAGAGUAGACUGUAACCCCUGUUUCUUUCUGUUAGGAGACACAGCAGGAUUAGGAUUCCUGAUACAGGACACAUCUGCAAGAAGUAUGAUACAGACCUUCUGUAAGACUGCUUUGUCUGUGAAAGGUAAUUUUAGCACGAAGAACUUCAAGCUGCCGUUGUGAGCACGACGCUCCUGCACACUCAAGCUUCGCUUGGUGGAGUCCAUCACCGUCAAAACCUCCUCGGCUAACGUAAUGUUUGCGAGAGCCACAUCAGGCGCAAAAGGCCCGAUCAUCACUUUGAAAACUUGCUGCUGGACAACAGAGUCUGCAGACAAUGUUAGACUUUAGAUGGUGUUUGAGCGCACGCACAAGUCUAACACGGACACUCACUGUCAUACACUUGCACGGGUUGAGACAUUGGCGGUGUCGUGAUGGGGAAGAGAACUUUGUAUCUUGUGUCUCGAUUGGUGGCAUCCUCCAUCCAUAGCAAUUCAAGCAUAGGCUCAAUCACAUAGCAGACAAAGUACUGACCAUUCUGGACCACACUCUGUCAGAGAGAAAAAAGAAAAAGUUGUUACCUCAUUUAUACAUGAAACCUCCCUUCGAGAUCUACCUUAAAGAAUCCACCAGGCGCCCCGAUAGGAAUAUGGACCGCAAUGUACAUGUGGUCAACUGUCAUGUUGUAGCGUCGGGCCGACACCUCCGCGGCAUCCAACCUCUUUCCAUCGAUGCCCAUGUGCACCUCCAGAUGUUUGAACUUGCCAGAAGAAAUGAGCGGGUCUAUACGGGUGGGCAGGAACCAGCUGAUCAGCUUCUCUGUGAUGUAAACACUUCCUAGACGGACAUCACAGGAAAUGACAAUUAGAGCAUACAUGCAAUUCCUGUUGAGUUAUAUUUAAAAAAGGCACUUCAAUUAUAACUGCUCCAUGGGCCAAUGAAGGCCAUGUCCACUCUGCACAAAGACAAUUUCACUAUUUUUUUAAAUGUAUGAAAUACUGUAGGUUUUUUUUAAUAAAGGCAAAUUUCCAUCCAAUGAUAAGCAUUGAUCUUCAAAACAGCUUAUUUUUUUUGUUGGACAGCAACAUGAGGUGUCCUGGCUGGUCCACACUAAAGUGUAAUCUUGUGUCGCCAUAAGCAAUGACACUAUUCACCCUGAUACAACCCAUUGUUGUUUUAACCUUACCUUCCACUAUUGGGCAAGCAGCUGCUGCCUCGAUUUCAGUUGUGAGCCACUUCUUUUUAAAGAUAGUGGUGGCCUGCAGCACGGCCAUCGGCACACCGGCUACCUGUCGGGGGACAACACAUUGAUAUUAUACAGUUGUGUAUGAAAUGGGGAAAAUUAUUUUUAUAACCACAUUCACAUUGGAAUUAUAGUCUUCAAAUUGAAAGUCAGGUUUCUGUACUUCAGAAACAACUGGUGGCACUACACUAGCAGUUUGUCAUGUUACAGGAGUCUACACAUUCCAUACUUUAGCUAAAUUUUGCCAAAUCGCUAUUAGAUUUGAAUGUUGGCACCCUCUAAGCAGCCAAGUGUUGUAUACAGGCCAAAAUGGCAUCUUAGCAUUCAAUUAACUCACAUGUUGUAUGUAUGUGUCAGGCGCAGACUUGGAACUUCGCAGAACGAGUCUCGUCGGCGUGUUGGCAAUCCUGUAGCCAUGUCUUUGGGCCUCCAUCAAGGUCAUUUUCUUCUCCUCAGGAGUGUUGAGCACCAGUGUUGAGAUUUUGUAUCCAGAGUCAAUUAGCUUCUUUUGAAAGGAGGGUUAAAAAAAUACCCACAUUAAAAACAGACUACUUUAAUACAAAAGCCAAGUUUAUCCAACCUCAGUAGCCCGUCCAUGAUCAGACUUCGACUGGGUCCCUGGCACAAGAUUCCGAGGUUUGGCAUAAUCAUCUGGAACGACCCUUUUCACGGACACCUAGAAAUGAGCUCACUGUAUAAGUGACCAUCCAUCUCUACUUGUGCCCUCUGCUGUCACAUCUAAUGUGCCAACCUUGAUGCUUGCACACACCCAAAGCCACUCCAGAGCCUGUGACACAUUCACUUACCUCCAUAUAGUUGCGGUCACAGAUUAUUUCCCUGGAGGCCGGCGUGCUGUAGCUGCAGGUUUCAGCCACCUGAUACACCUCGCCUUGAACCAUCUGGUUACCAUAGAGCCUGAGAUUUAACACUGUUCUGAAAGAAUCCCCCUAUAACAAAAAUAUGAGGCCCAUAUUGAGACACAGCUCUUCAUGACAUGUAGCUUUGCAUUGUGGUUACCAUGUUUUGAGCAAAACAGUUAUGAAUGGAGGCAUAGAUCACAAUGGUUUCUUGCUGGUUGUACUUCAUACUGAAGCCGCACUGUGUUGCCAAACUUUGCGUAAGCUUAUAGGCAGAGUUACCUUUAAGAAAAGACAAUAUGAGACAAAAAUAAAAUUAUAUAAACGAGACUAAUAGCUUACCAACAACAGCAGAAACUUCCAAAAGCUUCCCUCGAAGUGGACCGACGUCCACACGCAAGAUAUUUCCCAAACAUUUGGACUGAAUAUCUAGGGGAAACAUAGGUGCAGGAAAUUAAUGCUUAAGAAUGUGGAAAUAAAAAAUAAAAAUAAAAAAACAUCCUACUUGUGGAUUGUGUCUUUUGAGCUUCUAUACUCCCAAAUAAAGACAGGAGAAAAAGCCUGGAAAAAAGACAGUCAAACUGUCAAACCACAGGAAGCGUCAACAUGUAAAAUAAGCAGAGGGGGGGGAAGGGAGGAGGGGAAAAACAAAACAACAAACCCCAGUAUGAACACGCCAACCAUGGUGCAAAGAGUGGGUCUGAAGAACCACACUAUCCCUGUCGUUGCAGACAGCAAGGAGGCCAGUCGCUGGUGUACAAAUACUGCGACACCCAGGUGUACACAGGUGCAUCCAAUCAGGAGCUGAUUGGACGUCUGACUGAACCACCGCCGGCCUUUUAAGGAUCAAAGAGGCGCUGAGUUGCUCCGCGUCCAUCUCUCUGUGAAGCUGCAUCUUCGCUCCCACGAGAGCCUGCAUUUCGACCAGAAUGUGACCAGAGGCAUGUCAGUGCUUAAAAGUUUGAUUUGAUGGAAAGUGAGAGUGACCGAAUUCCUGGACCAUGGGGUACGGGGAAAUCCUCCACAAGUGCGGCUAUGAAGAGCAUCAGCUUCACCUCAACGUGGGGGGUCUUCGCUAUGAGGUGGAUGGCGAUAUGUUGCUUCGCUUCCCUCACACGCGCCUGGCUCGCCUGCUGUGCUGCCGGAGCGAAGCAUCCAUCCUGGAGCUGUGCGACGACUACUCCGCCGCCGACCAGGAAUACUACUUUGACAGGAACCCUCGGGUUUUCCUCUGCGUUCUCAACUACUACAAAACGGGACGACUCCACAUGUUGGAGGACCUGUGCGUCUUCUCCUUCAGCCAGGAGAUAGAGUACUGGGGCAUCCAGGAGUUCCACAUAGCCAACUGCUGCAGCAACUGGUACCACGAGAGGAAGGAGUACAUCACCCACAGGGAUUGGGACGCCAAGAGCGAAGACGGCCAACAGCCCAGUUUCAACUCGUCCAUGGAGGAGCUGUCAGUGCUGGAUCAGGAGCUGGAUAAGUUCAAGGGUGCCUGGUGUGCGGAGGUCAGGAGUUACGUUUGGCUCCGGCUGGAGGAUCCGGGCCAUUCCCGCGCCUCGAAGAUCAUCGCCCUGGCAUCGCUCAGUGUGGUCUUGACCUCCAUCAUCGCCAUGUGUGUCCACAGCAUGCCCGAGUUUCAGCAUUUGGACGACAACGACAAACCUAUUGAGGACCCCGUGCUUGCCAUCCUGGAGGUGAUCUGCAUCAUCUGCUUUUCCGCCGAGUUCAUCAUCAGACUUAUCGUUGCUCCCUCCUGCAGGAAGUUCCUCUGGAACCCUUUAAACAUCAUCGACGUUGCUUCCAUCUUGCCCUUUUACGCCACUCUGGCCCUGGAAAAUGCUGACGAGGAGAGCGCCGAGGAGAACGAGGACAUAGAAAACAUGGGCAAAGUGGUGCAGGUCCUCCGCCUCAUGAGGGUUCUCCGCAUCCUCAAACUGGCCCGGCACUCAAUCGGGCUGCGAGCGCUGGGGGCCACCGUGCGGCACAGCUACAACGAGGUGGGACUACUCCUUCUCUUCCUCUCGGUGGGCAUCUCUAUCUUCUCCGCUCUUAUCUACUUUGCGGAGAAGGAGGAGCCUGACACGGAUUUGGGAACCAUUCCUUCUGGCUGGUGGUGGGCCACAAUCACCAUGACGACGGUGGGCUUCGGCGACACCUGCCCGGUGACUCUUGCGGGGAAGAUAGUGGCCACUUUAUGUAUCAUUUGCGGACUUUUAGUGGUGGCGCUGCCUGUCACCAUCAUUUUUAAUAAGUUUUCCAAGUACUACCAAAGGAACAAAGCCAUGGAGGUGCACUGUGUCCCUAACCAAGACGGACAAGACCCUGACUCUUAUUACAACAUUCGGGACUUGUUCACUGACAACGUGUAUCCUUUCAUUGGGGAUAUCACUUUUAGGAACAGUGUCAGCAGCGUAGGCGACGAUACAGAUGCCUCCAGCCUGCGUGACGUCGACAUGGACAACAUCGUCGCCCGUGAACCUCAAAAUUAAAAUCCUGCCUUUCCCGUCUCUUUCAAAAACAUAUUCCCACCAGUUUCCUUGUUUUUUUUCUACCAACUUGUAAAAUACACAGUGCUCCCGCCACUAGGGAAUCACGUGAACCUUGCUCCGAGGCCUGAAAGCCCAUUUUCUGCUUGAGAAAACUGCAAUGAUGCAUGCGGUGGGGCCCUAAUGUUAAUGUUUUUUCAAAGUAAUCUCCUGUAUCGAUUUGUCUGCUUACUUCAACUGGAGAGUUGCGCGAAUUGCAGUCUGAAAGGGACAAGAGCGACGCCUAAAUCAUCUAAGUUAACUGACGCUACACAGACUGCAUGAAGGAUAAAAUACAUAUACAUACAUAUAAAUACAUGCAAGGCAUUUUUAUGCGCAGCCAAUUUAUGGCACUUUGGCAAUAA